UAAUCGCAUCCAUGGUGUUAUGUUUUUGGGCGUAAGCACGAGCUGGCUCAUUUCGAUAACGUGCAUAGUUUAUUUCGACUUCAUAUAUAGUGGGUUACAGCUUAAUCCCAAUCAUCCGUACAUCAAGGAACACUCGCUCAUGUUGAUCUGGAAAAGUGCGCUAGUCGGUGGACUGUUGGCCGUAGCAGGAAUGGCAACGGAACAGAUAAAGCAGAUAACGCAAUUAACGCAACACUGUGGGAUUGUUUCGCUGUGCAAUCGAUCGUUGGCGAAAAUGAUCGAUAAGCUGCUGAUCAAGUGUCAAUUUCAGGACAUUAGCUUUACCGUGUAUGGAUUGUUUACGAUCGACAACAGCUUAAACUAUAUGGUUAUUAGCUCGAUUGUUACGUACCUGGUCAUUAUCACGCAGUUUCGUCAGAUGGAAAUUGAAUAUGAAAGCAAAGGGACAAUGAAGUGAUUUUAAUUGGAAGGCCAACUUCAACGCCCUUAACAAAAAAAUCCACGAGAAAAACAUUGCGUAGAUUGGAAGAAAUUUCAGAGUGGUAACAAUAUAGAUCAUAGACCCUUUUGUCCGC